UUGUGUGUGUGUAUAUAUAUAUAAAUAGCAAAGGGGCUUAUCUAUCCCUUGUCUCCUUAAGAGGAAAAGAAAUGAGGACGAGAAACGGGCUCUGCUACCCAAAGCGCGAGGAUGCGGCGCACGUUAGCGGUCGCCACCGCAGGAGGAAGAGGCCGCGGGCGGAGUACGCGGCCGUCGCCGCCGCCGGGAAGAGGCGGCGCCGCGCGGCGGCGGCCUCCCCCGCCGACUUCGUGAGCGCUCUCUUAACGUGUAAGAGGUUUAAUGAGCUGGGGAUGCAGCGGAUGGUGCUGUCGAAGGCGUCGGCGAAGGCGGUGGCGGUGCGGGCGAAGGAUUGGUCGGAGCCGGCGCACCGGUUCUUGAAGCGGUGCGUCGACGCCGGGAACCUCGAGGCGUGCUAUAUGCUCGGCAUGAUCCGGUUCUACUGCUUGGAGAACCGGGGGAGCGGGGCGUCGCUGAUGGCGCGGGCGGCGAUGGGGUGCCACGCGGCGGCGCUGUACUCGCUGGGGGUGAUCCAGUUCAACGGGAGCGGGGGGUCGAAGGGCGACAAGGACCUGCGCGCGGGCGCCGCCCUCUGCGCGCGCGCCGCCGCGCUCGGCCACGUCGACGCCCUCCGGGAGCUCGGCCACUGCCUGCAGGACGGCUACGGCGUCCGCCGCUCCCUCCCGGACGGCCGCCGGCUCCUCCUCCACGCCAACGCCCGCGAACUCCACCUCUCCCUCCGCUCCCUCCCCGCGAACCAUCAUGGGCCCCACCCGCACCCGCACCCGCACCAUCAUGGGCAGGCGCCGCCGCGGUGCUGCUCGCUGUUGAGCGACUUCGGGUGCCACGUGGCGGCCGGGGAGGGGCACCCGGCGAACCGGUUCCUGGUGGAGUGGUUCGGGUGCGGGCGGGGGAAGAGGCUGGCGGAGGAGGAGGGGCUGCGGAUGUGCUCGCACGAGGGGUGCGGCCGCCCGGAGACCCGCCGGGCCGAGUUCCGGCGGUGCUCCGUCUGCGGCGCCGUCAACUACUGCUCCCGCGCCUGCCAGGCCCUCCACUGGAAGCUCGCCCACAAGGCCGACUGCUCCCCCCUCGACCGCUGGCUCCUCCCCGACCCCAACCCUCCCAUCAUCCCGGCUCCCCCGCCCCGCCCAUGCCCCGCCCCUGAAAUGGUUUGA